AUGCAACUAAUGGUGAACAAGUUGUUGGCUAACAAUGACGACUCAUUAUUGAAGGCAAACAACAACCGCACAGUUAGGGAAGAAGGCACGAACGAAGCAAUUCCACAUAAAUCUCACGGGUUUUUUAUAAGUUGCGAUUAUAAUUUACGAUGUCAACAAAUAAGUCAAGAUGAGGCAAAUUUCGUUCCUUUCAUUGGUAUCAAAGACAAGAAGUUGUAA